AUGGCUGGUGUUGUGCAAGGCUACUUGCCACCAACCCUCUCCGACACCCUCCCCACGCCGGGAUUCUUCACGGCGGCUCUGGCUGACUCUGAAGACCAAAAUGUCUUUGAUGCUGCUUUUAGGAGUGGAGCUGCCAAUACCGACAAAGAGCAAGAAUUCGCUCGGACGCAAAUGAACCCUGCUUCGUCCUUUAUGCGUCUAAACGGCAACGAAGCCGCCCCGUCUCCGCAAUCCAUUGAUCCUCAAGCCUCGCUUCAAAACGACUUUUUCUCGUCGGUUCUCUGGGACGGCGCGUCAUUAGACAAGACACAACCACAAUCUGAGAAGCAGUUUCAGGCGGCACUUGGUGGGCGAGGAUUAACACCGCCGUCGUCUUUGGACCACUCACCAGAUGAGUGGUCCUUUGACGGAUUAUCUGCGCCGGGGCCCCUCAACUUAAAACCACUACCUCUCGAAGACGCACAACAACAGCAACCACAGCGCCCGACGUCAACCAGCCGUUUUGGCCAAGUUACACCACCCGAGGAAGCUUCGCCUGUCCUUGGUCCUCCUCAACCCACAUUUCAAGAUGAAGUCACCGAAGCCAAUGGCUCUGGCCCCAAGUCUCCCCAGGAAGCAGAAGCUGCCAGUAAGAUGGCCGCUCCAAAGAGAAAGAGGACCAAGCAGACAAACCCGUCCGCCAAUGCUGGCGAGGAGGCUUCACCGAAGCGCCGUCGCAAGCAAAGUACAAAUGUCAAGUCGGAGCCGACAGAGGAGGAGAAGCAGUUGAUGAUGGCCGCAAUGUCCAAGGAACAUCCUGGGGAAGAUCCCAAGCGAAGCCGGUUUCUGGAACGAAAUCGUUUAGCCGCGAGCAAGUGCCGGCAGAAGAAGAAGGAGUGGACAAGCAACCUAGAGACACGCGCUCGUGAUCUGCAGAAUGAGAAGAAUCAGCUUGCUCUCAUGUGCGGUUCGCUGCGAGAAGAAGUGCUGUAUCUCAAGGGUGAGCUCUUGAAACACAGUAGCUGCGGUUGCGCUUCCAUUCGAGACUAUCUCAAUCGUGAGGUCAGCAACCUUUCUCGGUCCAAGGACGCUGGGUAUUCUCCCUUUGGCCCGGGUCGAGCAGCCUCUCUUGAUAUAGGUCGGUCCGGCAGCAACCCAAGCUUUGAGGAGAUGGUGGCAAGGCGAAUCAGUCUGCCUGUCGGCUUUGCUUCUGGUGUUCCCGGACAAGACCUCGCAGCAUCACCCGCAAUGUCUGCUCUCCCAUCGGUCAUUUCUGACGGAGGAGAGGCUUCGUCGCAAGCAGGCUCUUCAGCUCAGUCUCCUGCCCAAUCAGAGACUCUCCCUACCACUGAAGAUUUUGCGGCAUCGCUGUGA